AUGUUCCUUACAAGAAGUGAAUACGACCGAGGAGUGAGCACGUUCUCUCCCGAAGGCCGACUUUUCCAGGUCGAGUACUCUCUCGAGGCUAUCAAACUCGGAUCCACAGCCAUUGGUGUCGCCACCAAGGAUGGUGUCGUUCUCGGAGUCGAGAAGCGAAUCACCUCUUCCCUGCUUGAGGCAUCAUCCAUCGAGAAGAUCGUUGAAAUCGACAAACACAUUGGCUGUGCCAUGUCCGGUCUCACUGCAGAUGCCCGAACCAUGAUUGACCACGCGCGAGUGGAGUCUGUCCAACAUGACCUAUACUAUGAUGAGCCCAUAAACGUUGAGACGGUGACCCAAGCAGUGUGUGAUUUGGCUCUGCGAUUCGGUGAGGGUGCUGAGGGUGAGGAGCGAAUCAUGUCUCGUCCUUUCGGUGUCGCUCUUCUCAUUGCUGGAUAUGAUGAUGACCAUGGAGCCCAGCUCUACCAUGCUGAGCCAUCAGGAACCUUCUACAGAUACGAGGCCAAGGCUAUUGGCAGUGGUAGCGAAGGUGCUCAGGCCGAGCUUCAGAACGAAUACCACAAGGACAUGACUCUCGAGGAGGGCGAGGUCCUUGUUCUCAAGAUUCUCAAGCAGGUUAUGGAGGAGAAGCUCGAUAGCAAGAACGUCCAGCUUUCCAGCGUGACUAAGUCUGAGGGAUUCAAGAUUUACGACGAUGAUAAGAUGGUCAGUGUUGUUGCUAAGCUCGAUUCCGAGGUUGGCGAUGAGGAGCAGGUGUAA